UGCCAUCUAGGCUCUAGCGCAUUGCCGAGCAGAUUGCAAUCAGGGACUGCUGCACUGGCACCAAGACCGCGUGCACACUCCCAACAUGGCGCGCGCGGGUUCCCGCAGAGGCAAUCUUCUCAUGACGGCUCGUUUCUUGCACAAGACGCGCUUGUGCAUGUACUAUGCGAACGGGUACUGCGCCCGAGGGGAAGAUUGCAGCUUUGCGCACGGGAGCGACGACGUGCGCACAGCUCCGGACUUCUCCUACACUCAGCCGUGCAAGAGUUUCAUGAAGACCGGGAAGUGCAGGCAGGGCGACGCCUGCAAGUUCGCCCACGCCCCGGGCAAGCUGCUGCCUUGGAAAUGCAGCGAGGCGGAGCACGACGAGCACGGUUCGCGGUGCGACCUCGAGGAGCGCGCGCGGGAGCGCGACCCGCCGAGGGCCGUGCCGCGCGAGCGGCAGCCACGCGCACCGUGCUUGGCCCCGUGGGCCCUCGACGGCCGCUCCGUGACCGCCGUCCCGGCCCCACGCCUGCGGGAGGUGACCGCGCUCCGUGGGCGGGAGCUGCCGUCGCAGUUAAAGGCCACUGUCAAGCGCACGUUCCUCCACUUCUUCGUGGCGGAGGAGGAGGAGGAUGACCGGAUCGGCUGCUGCCGCCGCUGUUCUUCGGCGCCGCCGGUGGCCCGGCUGGACUAGGUUCCAGGAUCUACAAGGCGCUUCUCUUGCCGCGGCCCAGGCACAGCGCUUGGUACUACACUCAGGCCAGGCCCCAAUGCUCAGCUGCGAGUGCUGGUUCCCUCACGGGUGCUAGCUCGCAGCGACAGGCAUCGUUGUGCGUUUUUCAGCAAGGGUGCCCGAUGGUGUCCAGAUAAUUACAAAGGCGCGUGCUCAUCAUGAUUGCCUAGGCACGAAGCCUCAUGGAUCCAUGGCCGACCCGACCCUCCUCCUCCUCCUCCGCCUCCUCCUCCUCCUCCUCCUCCUCCUCCUCCUCCUCCUCCUCCUCCUCCUCCUCCUCCUCCUCCUCCUCCCCCCUCUCUCUCUCUCCCCGCUGUUCUGAUUUGCAAGCGCCAGAGCCAUCCUUCCUCCUGUCGGACUAUUCGAAGUGCUGGACGACGAGAGGCGCUGGCCCAAAACAAGCGCUGGCCUUUCGAAGUCCACAGCUUGCGCUGGCCAGUCUGCUUUCCGAGCUCUCAGUUUAAGUUUCUUGGAAGACCACAAGGCGACAAUUGUGCACCGAAUUUUUGGGCUUGGAGAGUCCAUUUUUCUCGUCAACAGUACCCUCCCCAUCCCCGCCCGUUAUCAGCCCUCGCCGCUCUAGUUCUCGCUCCCCACUCUUUCAUCCUCAUCCCUACCGUCACCAGCCUUCUCCGCUGCCCCUCCUUCCGUGGUAAGUCACCCCCGUUGGGUACCCACCGGAAUUUGUUGGUGCCAUGCUGGCCGAAGGCAGUCGCCGCGCAGUUACUGCAAGGCGCCACCGCGGUUCACAAAUCUUGUGUAUUGGUGGAGCCUGGUUUCUUCGUCCCUUUUGUUAUCAUCGCCCUUGCCGUCCCAUCCGUAGAAUUGCAGUGCUUACACAACGCCGAAGGUAACUCUGAAGAGGUGGCGCGGGCCGAGACAUGGCGGAAAUCUCUGCCCCUUUCGCAGGUCGUUCUUAUUUAAUCGCUUCGCUCAUUCCGCCGGCCCAUAAUGUCGCACCGUGGUCGCCUGUUCGAGUGGUCGUUUGCAGUGUGGAGCUGCGGCGUCG